UGUUCUUAUCAAUAUUUGUCAUAUUGUGGAAUUGCUCAGUCUUCAAAGAACUGCUCGGAUAGACACAACUCUCCUCAAAAUGCCGAACUUGUUGUACACCUUCAGAGGCUUUGUUGUGCCGGUAUUGACGCCGUUCACGGAUGGAUUGGGCUUAAAUUUAUCGGUAAUACCGCAGUAUGCAAAGUUUCUAGCCGACAGCGGAAUCAAAGGAAUUUUAGUCAAUGGUACGAGCGGGGAAGGCAUGUCGAUGUCUGUGGAAGAGCGAAAAAAAGUAGCUGAAUCCUGGGCGAACGCAGUAAAACAGUCAAAACAACAUCUUAUGAUUCAAGUGGGAGGUGCCCCCCUUCCGGAUGUCAUUGAACUUGCUAAGCAUGCAGAGCAAAUCAAGGCAGACGCAAUACUCUGCUUACCUGAAUUGUACUUCAAGCCAUCCAAUGCAGAAGAGUUGAUUAAUUACCUGAAAAUCGUGGGUGAUGCUGCGCCGAAGACGCCGUUACUCUAUUAUCAUAUUCCAAUGUUUUCGAAUGUGAACAUUGACAUGGGAAAAUUUUUGGAAUCGAUCGGAAAUCGAAUUCCUUCAUUCGUUGGCAUUAAAUUCACGAGUACAAAUCUCGCAGAGGGCAGUCAGGCACUACAUGCUGAUGGAGGGAAAUUCGUUAUUUUUUUGGGCAGUGAUCAGAUUAUUUCUGCUGGAUGUACUGUCGGAAUUGAUUCCUUCAUCCCAACAAGUGUCAAUAUAUUUCCUGGACAAGCCUUAGAAAUUCGGACAGCUGGAGUCGCUGGUGAUGGACUGAAAGCCAGAGAACUACAACACAAAUUAAACCAAACAAUCAUCACAAUUUCUAAACAUGGUAAUUGGGUUGUCACCAUGAAGACUGCAAUGGCCCUUUUGACACCAAUAAAUCCUGGUCCAGUGCGUCCUCCAGUUCAAAUACUAUCUCCAGAAGCAAUCAAUCUCAUGAAAAAAGAACUCCAACUACUAGGCUAUUCCAUUCGGAAUUGAUAACGAAAUAAUGUUAACAGUCUGAUAACACAACUUAUCUGAUAAAGGAAAUAAUAAAUUGAUUAACACUGA